UUUUUGAGAGAGUCGACCACGGGCGUGCUCGAAGGAACAGCUGGCGUCGAACCGAAACCUGGCUGCGUCGGUCCGUCCGUAGCCUGUACACACAUACGUAGAAAAUACGCUACAGUAUACGUAGCGAGCACGCUACCGUAUUCGACGUAUAAUACCUAGCGUCGACGCCCUAAUUCGGCAAAUCCACAGCUUUUUCGUCGCAAUCACGCGCGAACAAGAAUCUCCAGCUCCAAUCGCCCCGCCGCCAUGGCGCACCACCGCCGCCGCAGCUGCCUGCGCCGUGUUGCCACCAUCGCGGGCGGCGUGUCAGCCGGCCUCCUCCUCCUCGCCGGCGGCCAUACCUACGCCCACGGUCAGCUCUUCUCACCGGGCUUGCUGCCCCUUGGCCUCGGCGGCGGCGCCGACUGCUUGCCGUCCUUCGCCCCGCCGUCCUUCGCCCCGCCGCCCUUCGCCCUCUCGCCGCUGCCGCCCUACCUCCUGUCGGAGGCCGAGGCCGAGGCCGAGGCCCCGCAGCCGGAAGCCAACCUCCCGCGCCGCCUUCUGCCCGGACAUCGCUCGCCGCCGCCGCCGCCCUGCCUCCCCUCAAACUUGAACUUGGACUCGGAAGCCGACCGCUCGCACGACGACGCUGAUGCUGUCUUGCUCCCGGACUGGGAGGUCCUUCUCCUUGCUGACGCUGAGCCUGGCUCCAAGGCGACGUGCGCCUUCCAGGGUGGGGCUUCGUCCCCGGCGAGAGCGCUCGGGAGGCUGCCGGGGUCGGGCCGCCACGCCUACGUCUGCCCAAUGCCCGAGCCUGCCCGGAGCAUCCAGCCGCUCCAAGCACCGGUGCUGCUCCCCACCUCGGCUGCCUCUGCCGAUUGUCCUGGCCACGCGCUGCUGAAUUGGACAGAUCGGAUCGCGUUCAGCUCUGCAACUCUGGACAAUGGGGACGUUCUGGUGUUUGCCAAGGGUGUUAACCACGCUGCUGGUGGAGUCCAGUGCAUCUAUCGCCACUGCGGCGAUGCCCAUGGGGUGGUGGCCUCGUUCCCGGCCAUCACGUCCGUGCAGCAGGUUACCCGGUGCCCUCCGCCACCGAUGCAUCUCAACUCCAGGAACACGGAGCUCCGUAUCACUGUGUCAGCCACCGGCGAGGAUCCGAUCCCCUCACUGGCGACUUACCGUCCACAACAGAGUGAAAGUGGCUUGCUGCUGACACCAGAAAAGAACCUGAUUUGCGCAUGCACCAUGGUACACAAUGUCUCGAAAUUCCUUCGUGAGUGGGUGCUGUACCAUGCCGCUGUUGGCGUUGAUCACUUCUUCCUGUAUGACAACGGAAGUCUGGAUGACUUCGCUGAUCAAGUCGCUCAGUUGAGGUCCACCGGAAUCAAAAUCUCUACCGUGCCUUGGCCGUGGAUCAAAAUGCAGGAAGCCGGCUUCUCCCAUUCUGCUGCAACGCACCAGAGCUCUUGCAAGUGGAUGGCCUUUAUUGACGUCGACGAAUUCAUUUUCUCGCCCAACUGGAGUGGAUCUGAGCAGCCAUCGAAAGCAAUGCUUCAAGCUCUUGUUUCAGUUGAUCCAGACGUCGGGCAGGUAUAUCUGUGGUGCUUUGAUUUUGCCCCAUCUGGCCAAACAUCACACCCACAGGAGGGUGUCAUCCAAGGAUACACAUGCCGUCGGAAGCAGAUUCUUCGGCACAAAUCGCUGGUUCGGCUUGAUGCCGUCGACCAUUCUUUGGAGAAUGCGAUUCACCACUUCACACUCAAGGCUGGUUUCAAGAGCAUAUGGAACUUUCAGGCACGUGUCAACCACUAUAAAUACCAGGCAUGGACUGAAUUCAAGUCCAAGUUCAAACGGCGAGUAUCUGCCUACGUGGCUGACUGGAGAGAUCCGAUCAACCUUGAGUCCGCUGACCGGGCCCCUGGCUUAGGAGUUGACGGAGUUGAACCGGUUGAUUGGGCACAAAGGUAUUGCGACAUCAAGGAUAACCUGCUUCAGCAAUUGAGCAGAAGAUGGUUCGGCAAUGGAUUGGGAAGUCCGGGCUCUCAGGAUACUUAGGCUUGGCCAUAUCUGUAAACUGCGAUUGUCUAGAAGGAUCUAGAGGUAUUAGAGAUGAAAUUGUAAUAUAGUUUAAACUUGUCUCUUUGCCUCCCAAGAUCAAUCUAGGAACCAACCUGUACAUCGCUUGCCACGUUCGGCACCUAUAAAUAAACAUCAGGCGGCCUCCAAUGGAGCUGUAGCGGUUCAUCGCCACCGCCGUCUCUGAGGAAUUCCUGUCCAGCACUGACAACAUUCAUAAGGUUCACAGGAUGGCAGUUUAAGUUUGCUGAAGGUAUUUUUUUGGAUUGGUUUCUUGCUCUUCGGCUCUUCUCUUCAAAUACUUGGCCGGAUGCAGUUGAUAGUUAAUAGUAUAUCAAUAACAUUUAACUCUUCAAGCAUUAUAAUGGAGUAUUUUCUAAGUUGUCUUGAUCUAGAGCUUCUAUCGCCUCUUCAACAAUUUAUUGGCAUAAGCUUUUACCUGAAGUUGCCCGUCAAAUAUCUAUUCCUAAUAGUGCAUAUACCUGACAUUAUCUGUCAUGUGUACUGGCUGCAUACUGUUUGGUACGCUGUCCACUUGUCCAGGAUUCCAUGGUCUGCAGUAAUAGUGGAUUUGUAUUAGUGGAAGUAUUAUCUAAGUGAUAAUUUUCAGGUUUGGUAUCACUUCUGCUCCAGGUCGGAGAUCUUUGAGCAGGAUACCAUGUACGAAAGGUUUGCUACUUAAUUCUCUAAAAACAUUGUGCUUUCGCAUCACCAUCCUGUGGAUCCACGAGGCCCAAUCCAAUGAUUUCAGAGAACAUUUACUAUGUUUAUGGAUCACUACAUGUUCUGCUGGAACAAGAUAUGCAGGGGCCGCAACUCUAGAAACGACUUAUGUGGUUGGAGAAGGAAUUAAUACACCACAAUGCUCCCUAAUAGGGCACAAGCUGCUGCUAUGGUUCCUGAGACAAUAGUAUUAUAUUCUCUGCAAUCCAGUACAUGGGAACCUGCUCAGGAUGUGCCCAGUACUCUUGGACAAACUUCGCUGAGUUUGACGGGAAGAAUCUCUGUAUAAGGUUAAGAGAGAUUGGAAUACUUUCACUUUGUGUUGUUUUUGCAUAAAUGGUGAAUUAGGAAAAAAAAACUCAACACUUGUAUUUCUUUUUUGCACUUUCAGUUACAUGUGUUGCUUGCA